AUACCAGGGACGAUACCAAAACGCAGGAGGAAGCCAAGGCCUAUUGCCCACUGAACUCGUUCGGAAACAGCUCCGUCCAACGUACGGAUACGUCGUCCAAGGAGGGCGCUCUCUGCUAGAGGAGCAGGAUUCUUCUAGAAGAAGGACUCCCCGUCGUACACUCCCAUUCACUCAAGGCCGUUCCCACGAGCGAUACAUAUACAUAGCACCGGUCGCACCGUGUAAUAGCGGGGCAAUUAAGAACUGUUCAUAUGACCGGCAUGCUCACCAACGGGUUCGGCCACGCUACCCGCGCUGUGGUCACGAUCAAAGCCCUCGCCACCCUGGGGCAUCACGUCGUAAUCGUUAGUUCCGCGCCACCGUUCAUCUUCCGCGACACGAUCGAGUCAUGUGCCAAUUGCGAGUUGCGGAGUAUAGCUACGCUGUGUCCGGGAGUGAUACAGAAGGAUCCGGUAACGGUGGAUGUUGCGGAGACGAUGCGGCAGUUGGACGUGUUUUGGACGGACGCGAAGGAUGUUGUUGGGACGGAGGCGGAGUGGAUGAAGGGGGCGAGGUUGGAUGUUGUUUGUUUGGAUGCGCCGUUUUUGCCGGCUUCUGUGGCUAAGCAACUAGGCAUCCCUUCCAUCCUCCUCACCAACUUCACCUUCGACGCCAUCUUCUCCGCCCUCGCCAACACCCCAAAAGCCACCCACCUCGUUUCCCAAUGCACCUCCAUGUACAACUCCACCGACCUCCUCCUCCGCAUGCCGGGCCAUAUCCCCAUCCCGGCCUUCACCCACCGCCCAGAUCACAUCAUCGACAUCUCACUGAUCGUGCGCAAAUCCCGCGAAUCCCGUACAGCCGUGCGAGAGAUGCUGGACAUCCCUGUUGACGCGCCGUGCGUGCUGAUCACGUUUGGCGGGUUUGAAUUGGGGGAGGAUGUGUUGACGGAGGAGAAGGUGUUACCCGAUGGGUGGUACGGGUUGCUCGCGUGCCGAUCCGCGGGGGCUGACGCUUUGGGGCGAUUACGGCGUAUCCGCACGGACAGGUACUACAUGCCGGAUUUGAUCAACGCGGCGGAUGUGGUGAUGGGGAAAUGCGGGUAUGGGACCUGCUCGGAGGUCGUGGCGCAUAACGUGCCGCUGGUGUAUGUGCCGAGAUCGGGGUUUGAGACGGAAGAGGAGGGAUUGGUGGGGAAUCUGAUGGGACCGUAUGGACAUGCUGUUGAGAUGCCGCAGACGGACUUUUAUGCGGGGAAUUGGGCGGGGUAUAUAGCGAAAGCUGCGGAGUUGCGUGCGCAGCCUGUGAGGGAACAGAUUGCGCAUGAUGGGGAGAUUUUGGCUGCAGAGACGGUGGUUGCUGUUGGUAGACGGAAGUUUCCUGGACUGAGGACGUAGGACUUUGAGAAUGAUGUUCAUUGUUUUAGGGACGGUGGUCCCGCAGUGUUGUUAUGUGCAUGCAUCUAAUGAUUCUAUGUAA